UCCGACGUCCGUUCAGUGAGCGAAGGGCUCGGCUGGAGACUGGGGGCACAGGCGGUUCUGGUAGUUGGACACUCAUGAACGCCCUAACCACGCUCCAUGAAGAAGAUGCUGACUGCUGCUGUCUCUCGCGUGCUGUCUGGUGUCACCCAGAAGCCCGCUAGCAGAGUGCUUGUUGCCUCCUGUAAAUAUUCAAACAAUGCUACCUUUGAGAUUAAGAAAUGUGAUCUUUAUCGGUUGGAAGAGGGUCCCCCUGUCACCACCGUGCUCACCCGGGAGGAUGGACUCAAAUACUACAAGAUGAUGCAGACUAUUCGUCGAAUGGAACUGAAGGCAGAUCAGUUGUAUAAACAGAAAUUUAUUCGUGGUUUCUGUCACUUGUGUGAUGGUCAGGAAGCUUGUUGUGUGGGUCUUGAGGCUGGGAUAAAUCCCACCGAUCACGUCAUUACAUCCUAUCGGGCUCACGGCUUAAGUUAUACGCGGGGACUUACUGUCCGAUCAAUUCUUGCAGAGCUGACAGGACGAAGAGGUGGUUGUGCUAAAGGAAAAGGAGGGUCCAUGCAUAUGUAUGCCAAGAACUUCUAUGGGGGCAAUGGCAUUGUCGGCGCUCAGGGACCACUGGGAGCUGGUGUUGCUUUGGCCUGUAAAUACAAGGGGAACAACGAGGUGUGUUUGACUCUGUAUGGCGAUGGCGCGGCUAAUCAGGGUCAGAUAUCUGAAGCUUACAAUAUGGCGGCUUUGUGGAAUUUACCUUGCAUUUUCAUCUGUGAGAAUAACCGCUAUGGAAUGGGAACAUCUGUGGAGAGAGCUGCAGCCAGCACUGAUUACUACAAGAGAGGCAAUUUUAUCCCUGGACUAAGAGUAGAUGGAAUGGAUAUUCUAUGUGUUCGGGAGGCAACUAAGUUUGCAGCUGACUAUUGUAGAUCUGGAAAGGGACCCAUACUGAUGGAGCUGCUGACAUACCGUUAUCAUGGACACAGUAUGAGUGAUCCUGGAAUCAGUUACCGUACACGAGAAGAAAUUCAGAGUGUAAGAAGUAAGAGUGAUCCUAUUAUGCUUCUCAAAGAUAAAAUGGUAAACAACCAGCUUGCCAGUGUUGAAGAAUUGAAGGAAAUUGAUGUUGAAGUGAGGAAAGAAAUUGAUGAUGCAGCUCAGUUUGCUAUGACUGAUCCAGAACCACCUUUGGAAGAAUUAGGCUAUCACAUCUACAGCAGUAAUCCACCUUUUGAUAUUCGUGGUGCAAAUCAGUGGAUCAAGUUUCAGUCAAUCAGUUAAAAGGAGAAUAUAUUCCUGGUCAACUUUAAGAAGCUAUGUACCCAAUUUUGUUGAGGAAUAAACCCAUAAAACAAAAGUCUUUUA